ACAGGUUUUACUGUACAUAAAUGUACUAAAUCACUUUGAAUUAUCAAACUACGUGCAGUGAGUUCUUGUUAUCAAGGGCCUAAAACUUGUUUACUUCAAAAUACUUGCCCUUACUACAUGUUUGUUUGAAUGUUAAAUACAUUACAGAUAAAGUAAUUCUUAACUUUCAUUUUGGAGCAGAUAUUAACAAGAGAUCAUCCAGACAGGAAAAGGAAAUUAUGGAGUACAUAGAAGUAGCCGAUUCUGUCAUUCAACCAAUCAAGGAACCAGUAAAGAAAAGCUAUAUCCAUGUGGCCACAUCAAACCAACCAAUCACAGCCAACACGAUGUAUGACUACAUGAGAGAACUUAAGGAUUCUGAACAGGAAGCUUUUGUAUUUAUGAAUGAUGAUGCGAAUCGUCAUGGGAGCAUCACAUUCAAAAGAUGGGUGGCUCUAUCAGAAAACCUGGCUGUAUCGUUAGUAGAAAUGGGUGUGAAGCCUCAAGAUAAAGUUGGUGUGAUCAUUCCAAAUUGUGAGGAGAUCGUAAUCACUAUCGGUGGAUUACUACACUGUGCAGCGUUACCAGUUCUUCUGACAUAUGAUCUAAAGAGCGGGAAGGACAUACUAACGAAAAUCAAAGAUACCGCCAUAAAUGUCAUUGUUGUCUAUGUGGCUGGAAGAGAUCAACAGGCACUGGUGGAGAAACUGUUCAAGAAAAUUCUCGCUGGUAAUAUCGAUCAAGACAUUCCAAGCUUAAAUCAAGUAAUUAUGAUCGCUGAUGAUGUACCCAAAGGUGCAAUCGAUUUCAACAACCUGCUGAAUGAGAAAUCUGAUGAUGAAAAGAAGAACAUGCUGUUGUGUAACGAGAAUAUUUCAAUGGAUGAUCCAUGCUGGAUUAAUCUUACAUCAGGAAGCACUGGUAAACCAAAGUAUUGUCCUCUUACCCAUAAGAUGAUUAUCAAUGGAGUUAAAAGCAUAGCACAAAGAUGCAAUAGUCAAGCAGGGGAUAUUUUGUUUAAUGAUCGUCCUAUGUCUUGGAAUGUGGGAACCCUUGCAUUUGGACAAGCUCUAGCAACUCAACUUACAGUUGUUACAAUUGAUGCCAAGCAGACCGUAAAGAAACCAGGACCUGAGAAAAUCCUACGGUGUAUUGCGAAAGAGAGGAUAACUGAUGCGCUCCUCGUGCCUUAUAUCCUGUAUGACAUCAUGAAUAUGGAGUCGAAACAACGGGAGGAAUAUGACAUAUCCUCCCUGGUGAAUAUUAUGACAUUAGGCCAAAAGGUUGAUCCAACAUUUAUUGAGAAUGUCAAAUCUACACUUGGAACAGGCGUCACUAUCAUGUAUGGUUCAACAGAGGCUGGGCUGAUUUCAAUGAUUUUUCCAAGAGGUGACUUCAGGAAACAACAUCUUACUAUUGGCUAUGGGGGGCCUCAUGUUGAAAUCAGCAUCCGAGAUGAGAAAAAUCAACUAGUUCCAGUCAAUGUAGAGGGUGAAAUAUGCGCCAGAGGCCCAAAUAUUUUUCUGGGUUAUCUGAAUAACGAAGAGAAAACCAAAGAAGUUAUCGAUGAAAAGGGUUGGUUUCAUACUGGAGAUAUUGGAACUCUAACACCAUAUGGUUACGUCACAAUUGUUGGUCGAAUCAAAGAAUUCAUCAAACGAGGCACAGUAAUUGUACACCCUAGUGCAAUAGAGCAUAUACUAAUGGAAAACCCAAGCAUUCAUGAGGUAUAUGUGGUUGGCGUCCCAGAUCCUCGGCUAUAUGAGGAACUUUGUGCAUGUAUUAAGCUCAAAGAUGGACAUUCACUGAGCGAGAUUAAGAUGAAAGAAUGGUGCGAUGAAAUCUUUGGUGAUUUCACAGCAGAUGGGUUGAAAAAUGCACCUAAAUAUUUCCUCAUGCUUGAUGUGAUCCCAACACUGGCAAAUGGCAAAACGGAUCGUCUUUCUUUGAAGAAAAUGGCAGCAAACAGAUAUGGACAAUAAAAAAUAUAUGAUACAGAUUUAACUAAAUUUCAUGAAUCUUCAAAAUUCAUGAUUUGACUUAAACUAUACAAAUGACAUCCCACAAGAAAUGACUGUAACUUGUAAAUCUGCUUCAAAUAUUAUUUCAAAAUUGAUAAGGGAUAAUUAGAAAUUAAAAUGAGUAAUUUUGGUUUCUAAUUCCACAUGUACAUGUAACAAUGCUAAAACCAAUACCUUAAACAAGCCGUGGUGAUGGACCACACCUCCCUGAUUAUGCAGUAGAGACAGGAGAGAGUACUCAGUGUGCAGCAGCAUCUUUCCCUGUUUAUCAUCCUGCGACUCUCGAUCUGAAUUCUCCAUGGUGAGGAUCUAUAACACAUGGACAAAAUAAUGAAACUGUGAGUAAUAAAUAAGGUAAAUGUCUGUCUUCAUUUUGUAAAUUUUGAAUAUUUGCCAAUUUAAACAGUCGUCAAAGCUGCUGAUUUAUAACUUAUCAAAAUACCCUCUCAUUUUCUCAUUUCUCAUACCUUCUCAGUUUUAUUUGAUUGAUUAUAUGCUAUAAUCUGUUUGCUGUCUUUGUUGUAUAUACAA